AUGACCUACCUCAUCACCGGUGGUCACAGUCCGACCGCCGUCACCUCGGUCCUCGCUGCCGCAACACUCGCAAAGUCGACAACGACUACCAGCUUUCCCUCUCCCGCCACCAGUGAGAACGUGCCCGACGCAUCGUCAGCCACUACCCCUACCUUCAACCCUCCCACCAAGCCCGCUCUGCCAACGAACAUUCCGCGUGAGGAUCGACCUUGUCGGACAUCUGCGGACUCAGUGCACCAGCGGCCGACAGUCCCCACUGCUGCCUCUCCGACCGCCCUGCGCUGA